AUGGCAUCCAUCUAUCCCGUUGCAUCAUCUCCACCGAUGCGAGUGUUGGGCACAAUCUGCUAUAACGUGGAUGGAAUUGAUACCACCACCUUUCACGUCCCACCCAUAAAAUUUCAUUUUACAGGGAUGUCAGAAGGGGAAGUUAUUGAUGUUGAGUUGAGGCCAUCUGGGAUUUUGAUGACCACUAAGUCAAACCAAGUGUGUUUGGGCUUCAUUCCCUCAGAAGGCCCCCUCACCAUUAUUGGCAACCAUCAGCAGCGACAAAUGGGCAUGUUUUUCGAUUUGCAGAGGGAGACAAUUGGUUUUGGAACCAAAAACUGCGCUGAAUGA